AUGAACACAGGAAGGAACAGGUUCCCCUUCACUGCAUCACAGUGGCAAGAGCUUGAACAUCAAGCUCUUAUCUACAAGUACAUGGCUUCAGGUAUCACCAUCCCACCUGAUCUUCUCUUCACUAUCAAAAGAAGCUAUUUGGAUUCUCCACUUUCCUCAAGGCUUUUGCCUAAUCAGCCCCAACAGUUUGGAUGGAACUAUCUGCAGAUGGGUUUGGGAAGAAAAAUAGACCCAGAACCAGGUAGGUGCAGAAGAACUGACGGAAAGAAAUGGAGGUGCUCCAAAGAGGCAUACCCGGAUUCAAAGUACUGUGAGAGGCACAUGCAUAGAGGGAAAAACCGUUCAAGAAAGCCUGUGGAAGUUUUGAAAACAACAACAAUAGCAACAAACACAAAUGCUUCAACAUCUUCAAUCUCGUCAAUCACCAAAAAUAGUCAUUCACUAACCCCAACCACUCAAUCUUUCUCACCUCUUACACCUUCUGAAACACACCAUCAACAUUCUUGUUAUGGUUCCAAUCUCCACCACUCCUUUCUCUAUCAUCAUCCACCAUCAAGGUCUUUUGAAGACAACAACAGUGCUCCCUUGUUUCUUGACACUGGCUCUUGCUCUCAAACUAACACUGACUGCAGAAAUAGGUAUGUUUAUGGAGAGAAAGAGGAGGUGGAUGAGCAUGCUUUCUUCACAGAGCCUUCUGGUAUUAUGAAAAGCUUCUCUGCUUCAUCUAUGGAUGAUUCUUCAUGGCAAUUCACACCACUGACUAUGAACUCUUCAUCAUCAUGUUCUUCUUCAAAACAGAGGACUUGCUCUGGUUUGUCAAAUGAUUACUCUUACUUGCAACUUCAGAGCCUCAGUGACCGCUCAAAACAACAGCAAGAGCAAGAUCAGGGUUGCUAUAUAUUAGGUGGUGAAAUCAAGUGUGAGACACUGAUGAAACUGGGAAAACAAGAACCUGAAAAAACCGUUCAUCGCUUCUUUGAUGAAUGGCCACACAAAGGUAGAGGCUCAUCAUGGCUUGAUUUGGAUGAUAAAUCAUCCACUACCCAACUUUCAAUUUCCAUUCCCACCUCUACUCAUGAUUUUCAAACCUUCAAUUCCAGAACCCACCAUGAUGGUUGAUCUUAACUUUCAAUAACGGGUCCAUAUAUGUACCUCAAUCAAAGGUGAACAAUGUACUUACAAGGUUGGAUUCAGAUGCUGUGAUAUGCUGUGGUGUCUUGUGUUGUAUGCUAAUCCUUUCUUAGUUCAGUUCUUUCUUCCAAACGUAGUAUCAAACUCUCUGU